AUGUACCUCUACCUCUACCUCAUACACCCCCUCCCUCUGUCUGCGUCCCUCUGUCCUCUUCUUCCCUAUUCUUCUUCGUCUUCUCCUCAUCUUCCUCUUUUGAGUCCACCUCCGAUAUCCAAAUUGAUCGGAUCCGACAGUUCGGAUCUCUUAAACUCUACUGACCUAUCUGUCACCCUUCUCCCUGCUAUUUGGAACAUUGGAUACGCGUCGGAAAAUCGCAUCUUCAUCAGACACUUUACGAACGUCCACUUUACGCCAGAUGAUCGCAAGAAAUUGCGCUCCACGGCCUGCGGACGGGUCCUGGACACCGUGACACCCCCGACUAUGGAUCGAGCACGCACGCAGCCCGGCCUACCAGAUAUGGCUCAAUCUGAGUUGGGCAUGGCAAUCAUUGCAAUCAAUGGUGUGAAGUUGGACCUGUCUGAGGCGCCUGGGCGGACCCGUCGUCGUCUCCAUGCAUCUAAAUGCGCCUCCAUUCCACAACACUCACAACACUGCGAACCGUCGUCGUCGUCUGCUGUACACAACGAGAACAAGGUACUUAGUACGCCUUCCCCCUCCGGAAACGCCAAGUACCCAGGAAACGCCAAUCCGGGGCAGCUCUUCGAAUCAAAAUGCGAAUCGAGUGUGCCUGUUUGCUGCGCAUGGUUACCCGACCUCGCGUCACUGGCGGCCAAGUCAAAGGUCAAGACGGACAACCUUGGAAGUCGGACAGACAAAGGUGCCGCUGCCCCACGGAGCGCAUUGCAUUGCACCGCAACGAUUCCUCGUCCAACACUGUCUCUGUCCAAGACGCGCGUGGACCGAGGUAGACUUGCCAACGCAACGCACCACCUCAAGCCUGCCAGUCCCAUCUUGGCCGAUGAUCCGUCUUGUCGCGCGCCUUCAACGUCUGCAACUGGCUUGUUCCUCAUUCCUCUUGAUAAAUCGCCCUCCACGAGCACUGCAAACAACCAGCAAAGGCCCGUUCAUAUCGGGGCGGCGCAAGGAAAGGACGGAAGAUGUCAAUCGGCCAAGACUUUCACUUGUUUUACGCAUUACGCUAUCUGA